UGGGAGCGAAGAGAGGCAAAGGGCCAGAGAAAUGUGUCCGCCACAAUGGAAGCGGCCCCGAACUCUUUCUCGGAAGCUCUAGGGACUGAUGUGGUCGCUGGUGCAGCUCAAAACAUAAAGAGAUCUUGUCCUUCGGGGGUCAAAUUCCUUCGUUCAUUUCGAAGCUUGAAGAGUACUCCUUCGGGAAUGGGAAGGGUGACAAGGUGGCUGAGAGGCUUCUUCGGGAUGAACAAUGACAGACAAGAUGUUGUCGACAAUGUAUGCCCCGCUUCUUCUGGCAACAAGAGAGAGUACAAGAAGUGGUUGAGCUUCAACAAGCCUGGAAAGGACCUGAACACUCACUCCCUGUCCAGUGAUAUUCCGGCAAACGGCUCUUCUGUUGUUGCGCAGCAGGAGGAACAUGAGGAGCAGCAGCAGCAGCACAGCUGGCAAGUGAAUGGGAUGGCCAUGGCUGCAACCCUGGACGCAGCGGUGGCUACUGCUGAGGAAGCAAUGGCGGCAGCCAAGGCCGCUGUUGCUGAUGCAGUGGCAGCGGUGGCAGUCCUGAGGCUUUCUGUGGAUCAGAGGGGAGGGGCUCUGUCCACCAUGUGUGGAAAGGAAGAAGUCCUUGCUGCAGUGAUGAUUCAGAGUGUUUUUAGAGGCUUUCUGGCCAGGAAAGCCCUGAGAGCAUUGAGAGGGCUAGUGAGGUUUCAAGCAGUGGUUAGAGGCUAUCUGGUUCGAAAGCGUGUCAGGACGGUACUGCAGUGUAUGCAGUCCCUGAUCACCACCCAAACCAGGGUUCGGUCCCAGAGAGCUCGACAAUUUAUCGAUAAGGAGAGGCAACACCCACUUGAGAACUGGUCCUGUCCACUGAAAGCUGUGACGAAUCGACAAAGCAUAUUCUGCAGCAAGGGGCAUCCUGGUUCUUCAGAAAUCUCGGUAGGUUGCCCCGAAAUGGUCAAGAGUGAUUCAAUCAAGCCCAAAUCAUCCCACCGAUUGUGGACAACCGAUUAUGUGGAGCUAUCACUUGGAGUUGGACACCCAUCGGGUCCCAGUUCUUUUGAAAUCUCAGUAGAUAAUUCCCCCAAAGUGGUUGAGAUCAGUUCAGUCAAGCCCAGGUCAUCCCGUCAAUUGUGGGCAACCGAUAGUCAGGAACUGUCACCCGGAGUUCUCACACGCGGUUGUGGGCAGCCAUUGGAUUUGGAGUUGUUGCAAGGAAAAGACUAUGGAAGUCGGUUCAACAGUACAUGCCAUAGCACUCACAAGUUGCCUAACCUGGCUAAGAGAGAGGACUACUCAGGCUCCGGCCUCGCCUAUAAUCAGAAGCAUGACCUGAAUAUGAAGUCGUUCAGGGCCAUAGUUGUGCCCUGAAGGACAAAGUUGUAGCAAUCUAGUAGUGUUUGCAUACCUCACAUUACACUUAUGAGAUUAUUUGUAUAUUCUCUCCAUAUAUAAUGAUAGAUUAUAUGGUGGUACAUAUCACAUAUAUUUCUUCAGCUUAUGCGAUCAAGAGGAUAAAAAUCGAAACUCCUCUCGAGUACUUCAUCUUAUUACUGAUGUUUUCUUUUUCCUGUUUUUAGCCAGAAGUUGUUUUUGAUGUUGAACCCGACUACUUUAU